UGCCCAUCCCCCUUGGCUGACGCUGUGCGUUGGGUGACGCUGCCUGACGCUGCCUGACGCUGCCUGACUUUGGUGCCCGGUGCCAUGGCCAGUAGCAGGGUACUAAUCGUGGGUGCGGGGCUGAGUGGGAGCCUCUGUGCCUACCUGCUGGGGCAGCGCCUGGGCAGCACAGUGCAGCUGUCAGUAUGGGACAAAGCCAGGGGAGCAGGUGGGCGGAUGGCCACAAGCCGCAGUCCUUAUGAGCCGAAGUGCACAGUGGAUCUGGGGGCCCAGUACAUCACCGUCACCCCUCAUUAUGCUCAGAAACACAAAACGUUUUACGAUGAACUCACAGCACAGGGCAUCUGCCAACCGCUAGCCGCUGAGGUAGAAGGAAUGGUGAUGAAAGACGGCUCUUACAACCUGGUUACACCCAAUGGAGUGUCUUCCAUUGUAAAACACUUCCUAAAUCAGUCCGCAGGGGCCGAUAUAUUCUACGAGAGCCAAGUUACACAUAUCAAUCUCCGUGACGGCCGGUGGGAGGUGUGCAGAAAACCUGGCUCUCCGGAAUCCUUUGACGUGGUGGUCCUUACCAUGCCGGUCCCCCAGAUUCUACAACUUCAGGGUGACAUUCAGACCUUAAUUAAAGAAGACAAGAGACAGCAAUUGGAAUCAGUCCGUUACUCCUCCCGCUACGCCCUGGGACUGUUCUAUGAAGCCGGCACGCAGAUCCAUGUCCCGUGGGCAGCCAAGUACAUCACCGAUAAUCCAUGCAUACGCUUCAUCUCCAUCGACAAUAAGAAACGCAGUGUAGAGUCCACAGAGGUCGGCCCUUCGCUCGUAGUCCACACCAGCGUGCCGUUUGGCUUAGAACACUUGGAGGAAGAGAAGGAGUUGGUGCAGAGUCUGAUACUGGCCCAGCUUCAUGCCAUCUUGCCUGAUCUCCCUCAGCCCAAAGGCAUCAAGUGUCAGAGAUGGAGAUACUCACAGGUUACCGAAGCCUUCCCUGACGCUCCGGGUCACAUAACUCUACAUGACGAGCCUUUGCUCCUGUGCGGCGGAGAUGGAUUUACACAUUCCAACUUUGAUGGCUGCACGGACUCUGCCGUCCAGAUGGUUGAAACCCUAGUGACCCGGUUAUAACUCUGGUGCUGGGCCUUGGGGGAUGAACACGUCAACUGUUUUCAGUAUCACUUGACAAGACACAACGUUUUGAUCCAAUAGAAGUUGCUGUUUUGCCAGAACCUUUUUUCCAGAGAAUUCCGACCCAAUACUUGCUACAACAGAACUUCUACAGCAUUGGAUCUGUAUUUCCCUCUUUCCUGUAGAAACAUGAAGAUGGUUUUCCUUGCAUGAUGCUGUAAUGACGGGUAAAGAUUGAUAAGACUUC